ACUGCCCCUCCUAUAAAAGAAGGUGUUCCAGUGAUGCUCGUCCCACUUCACAAGAAACAAGCGUGCAAGGAUCAAGCUCCACCAUGGUACAGAGAGUGGCAGUGAUCGGGGCCGGCCCCUGUGGUCUGACCAGCAUCAAGGCUUGUUUGGAUGAGGGCAUGGUGCCAACGUGCUUUGAAAGCAGCGAUGACAUGGGCGGACUGUGGAAGUUCAAGGAGGUGUCAGAGCCAAACAGGGCCAGCAUCUACCGUUCCCUCACCAUCAACAUUUCAAAGGAGAUGAUGUGCUACAGUGACUUCCCUAUUCCAGCUGAUUAUCCCAACUACAUGCACCACUCUAAAAUCCUGACAUACUUCAGGAUGUACGCAGAGCACUUUAAACUGCUGCAAUGCAUUCGCUUCCAGACCUCAGUGAAGAGUGUCAGACAAAGACCAGAUUAUUCUCGCACUGGUCAGUGGGAAGUGGUCACAGAGGACAGAGAUGGACAGGAGCAGAGACACGUCUUUGAUGCAGUGAUCUGCUGCGCGGGUCACUACACCUACCCUAACCUGCCACUCAAGGACUUCCCAGGAAUUGAGACAUUUGAGGGAAAAUACUUCCACAGCUGGGACUACAAGGGGUCUGAAAAUAUGGCUGGGAAGAGAGUGGUGAUCAUCGGCAUCGGUAACUCAGGAGGCGACAUCGCUGUGGAGAGCAGCAGAGUGGCAGAGCAGGUGUAUGUGAGCACUCGUCGUGGUGCCUGGGUCAUCCGUCAGGUUUCUGACAACGGCUUCCCAGUGGACAUGAAGUACAGCACGCGCUUUGUCCACAUCCUCUUCCAGCUGUUGCCAAUCAACGUCCUUAACUGGAUUGGUGAGGGUAAACUCAACGCCAUGUACGACCACACCAUGUACGCCCUCAAACCCAAACACAGACUCUUCAGUCAGGUCCCAGUGAUCAAUGAUGAUCUGCCCUUAAAGAUCCUGUCUGGGUCGGUCGUUGUCAAAACAAAUGUGAAGGAGAUCUGUGGCUCCACCGUGAUUUUUGUUGAUGGCACCACUGUGGAAAAUGUGGAUAUCAUCGUGUUCGCCACAGGUUACAACUAUGAUUUCCCUUUCUUGCCGAGCAGUGCAUUGUACAAGACUGGGCACCGCGUGGGUCUGUACAAGCACGUCUUCCCUCCCAACCUGGAGCAUAACACUUUGGCAGUUGUGGGUUUCAUCCAUGCCCUUGGAGCCAUCAUGGCCCAGGCAGAAAUGCAGGCCCGCUGGGUCGCACGUGUCUUCAAAGGGCUUAACAAGCUGCCCUCAAACCAGGCCAUGAUAAAGGCUGUUGAGAAGAACACCAAGGACAUGCAGAAAACAUACAAUGUGUCAAAGUUGACACCUCUGCAGGUGGACUAUGUUUCCUACAUGGACGAGCUAGCAGGAGAGAUUGGGGCGCGGCCAAGUCUCCUCUGGCUCUUCUUUACAGACUACGCAUUGUUUAAGAAGGUUCUAUGGGGACCUGUCACAUCCUACCAGUACCGCUUGAUGGGACCAGGGAGAUGGGAGGGAGCCCGCAAAGCCAUCUUCACUCAGUUUGACCGCAUGUUCCAGGCUCUAAAAACCAGACCAGUGGAGACAGAAGAACCCUCCGUCACUGGCCGCCUGGUUAAGCUGAGUCUGGUUGCUAUGGCUGGAGGAGCUGCCGUCUACUACGUCCACACGCGCCACCCGACUACCAUCCCCACCCUGUUGUCCAACCUCCGUCAACAAACAGUCUGAACGUGCUGCAUUGACCAAACUAUGUGAAUCAAAUAGUUUAUAUCCCUUUAGAUAUCAGUAAAAUUCUGUUUGGCUUGUGGUUAUGGGAAUCAUUUAGAGGUCACUGUCUGAGCUGAUAAUUAAUGCUAGAUGUGUUACUAUAUCUCUAUUUUAGCCUGUUUAUAAUAUCUAAACUUUGACUACAACUACGUUAACAGCAUGCGCGCAUAUGGCACUAUGAUCCCGAUCCGCCCCCCACUUUCAGCAACAAACAUCGCCGGUAAAACAGAGGAUUAAUGUUCCGUUAGUUAGAUUAUUUACAUUGCAGCGCACAUAGAGAGUCCGGCAGCUAAUGGUGCGUUCAAAGUCUACACGAAUGUCAGAAUUUCACAUUCUUCCGAGCUCCAAGUUCAGACUUUCACUUUAAAUUGAUAAAACACCCAAUAAGGCUUUACGGUAAGAACGUGUUAGAUCCGCCUUAAAAAUAAAAGCAAACACAUGUAGCUUUCAAAAUAAGAGCACAUGGAUGUGUUAGCAGAGUCCACCAUAUAAUUUACAAGACGACUGUAAAAAUAUGAUGCCUUAAAUAAAACAGAAGAACACUUAUUCUCCUUUACAAUAAUUCAUUAAAAAUAUGCAAUGAAUAAGAUGGAAUAGUGGCAUUAGAAUGUGCACGAGGCACCAAAUUUAGGCUUUUAGGGCAAAAAUUUCUCCAGGGCAGCAUGCCCCCGGACCCCCCUACUAAGUUAUGGUCUCCCCAUCAAAGUCUCAGAAGAUCCUGUGUGAAACACUGGUUAUAAAGUCUUGACACCCUAGACGGACAAGGAAAUUGCCCAGCAGUAUGUUCAGGGUAAUGAAAGGAGGAGAGAUGUUUUUGGGUCUUUCAUUGAGUCAGCUUCAAGUCAGUAAAUUUGUUUGGCUGCACUGGGAAUUUCAUGUACAAACUUGUUUUUAUUUAUGUAAAUAUAUUGGUUGUUGUUUACACUACAGUUCAUUUAAAAAUGUUUAAAUAAAACAUAUUUUGGUUCAGGCAUAAAGUGGGAAAAUAAAAAUGACAAUUUCAUCCCCCCAAGUU